AGCGCCACCUGAGUCCUGAGAUGAGGUGGCUGCUGGCGGUCGCAGGUCCCUGGGGUUGCUUGUCAGACAAGCGGGGCCCUUGUCUCUUGCUGCUUCUCAGAUGGACCGUUCACCCGCACCUCCCGGUUUGCAGGGCUCAAGAGAAGCAUGGGUUUUGGUCCUCCACUCCUUUGCUUUUAAAGCACGCAUUUACUUAGGAGUCAAGAAGAAUGGUUCGAAACAGUGCAUGUUGCUGUGACAGACAGCAGAUUUGAUCUCAAGUGGAAAGCUGUGCCCUCAAACCCCCUAGACCUGAGAUGUUUGGAAAACCUCUUUAACAAGCUUAGCUGACACUUGUGGCGUGUUUCCUCAAUGUGUUUGUUUUUUUGGAGUCCAGAUGGUUAAAAUUGUCCAGAUAAUCUGCCAAAUCAGCUGUGCAGAUCGUGCUGGUGGAGGAAAUUCCAGUGAUUGGAGUAAGAGGGAAAAUACCCUGUAGAUUCCGUUCCUCAGCCUUUCUGAAAGGCUGCUAUUGAGGAUUCCUUUUUCUCUCCUGCAAUUGAUGGUGUCUUCGGUGUUAAAGGAAGCACAAGCCCCUCUAUUGGUUUAGCAACACUGGGAUCUUAGAACUGUUCUUACAGCUCAAGGCCGGCAUUGUAACACCUUUGUUGAACUUUGUGAAAAGUAGGCAGGACUCUUAGACCCAGCUGGUGUCCCUGGAUUUGCUUCGACUACAGGAACAAUUUGCUCAUCUAUGUUGCAUUCAUUUUUGUUCUAGGUGUGCAGGCGGUUGGGAAUUAUAGAAGUUGAUUAUUUUGGACUGCAGUUUACGGGUAGCAAAGGUGAAAGUUUAUGGCUAAAUCUGAGAAAUCGGAUCUCCCAGCAGAUGGAUGGGCUAGCCCCUUACCGGCUUAAGCUGAGAGUCAAGUUCUUCGUGGAGCCUCAUCUCAUCUUACAGGAGCAGACUAGGCAUAUCUUUUUCUUGCAUAUCAAGGAGACCCUCCUGGCAGGCCACCUCCAGUGCUCCCCAGAGCAGGCAGUGGAACUCAGUGCCCUCCUGGCCCAGACCAAGUUUGGAGACUACAAUCAGAACACAGCCAAGUACAGCUACGAGGAGCUGUGUGCAAAGGAGCUCUCCAGCACCACCUUGAACAGCAUUGUCGCAAAGCAUAAAGAGUUGGAAGGCACCGGCCAGGCUUCAGCCGAAUACCAGGUGUUGCAGAUUGUGUCGGCAAUGGAAAACUAUGGCAUAGAGUGGCAUUCCGUGAGGGACAGCGAGGGGCAGAAACUCCUCAUUGGGGUUGGACCCGAAGGAAUCUCAAUUUGCAAAGACGACUUCUGCCCAAUUAAUAGGAUCGCUUACCCUGUGGUGCAGAUGGCCACCCAAUCGGGAAAGAACGUGUACUUGACUGUCGCCAAGGAGUCUGGGAACAGCGUCGUGCUCUUGUUCAAGAUGAUCAGCACGAGGGCAGCCAGCGGGCUCUACCGAGCCCUAACAGAGACCCACGCUUUCUACAGGUGUGACACAGUGACCAGUGCCGUCAUGAUGCAGUACAGCCGAGACCUGAAGGGCCACUUGGCUUCUCUGUUUCUGAAUGAAAAUAUUAACCUUGGCAAGAAGUACGUCUUUGAUAUUAAAAGAACAUCGAAGGAGGUAUAUGACCACGCCAGGAGGGCUCUGUACAAUGCUGGCGUUGUGGACCUCGUUUCGAGAAGCGACCACAGCCCUCCAAACUCCCCGCUGAAGUCCUCAGAGAGCAGCAUGAACUGCGCCAGCUGCGAGGGCCUCAGCUGCCAGCAGACCAGGGCGCUCCAGGAGAAACUGCGCAAGCUGAAGGAGGCCAUGCUGUGCAUGGUGUGCUGUGAGGAGGAGAUCAACUCGGCCUUCUGCCCUUGUGGCCACACCGUGUGCUGCGAGGGCUGCGCUGCCCAGCUGCAGUCGUGUCCGGUGUGCAGGUCACGGGUGGAACAUGUGCAGCACGUCUAUCUGCCAACCCACACCAGUCUGCUCAACCUGACGGUGAUCUGAUCUGCCGUGCACUUAACGGGACAUGCCACGUUUCCAUGGACUGCACUACUACCAAACCAUCCGAAUGGCAGAUCGCGGAGAAGAUACGUACUCCGAUGCCCAUCUGCCCUGCAACAUUUAAAAAAACUGAGAAGGAAGAGUAAAGAGAAUACUCCUCCCCACCGAACCAUACCAUGUGUCGAGUCAGUACCUGCAGUGGUGGGGACCGGGAAGAGUUCUGGGACGUGGACAUGUUCCUUGGACUCACUCUUCUUAGGAUCCAGUUAAAUGAAUAAGUGAAAUCUAUGAUGUCAGUGAAGUGGCAGAGAGCCAAAAAGUGGGGACCUUUUAGGAAAGGAUAUCAUUAAGUCUCCUGACGUAUCCCGAGGUAAGCUUCCUACCUGGCAGCAAAUUUUGUAAGAAUUCGUUUUAAGAAUUUACUUGGUUCUUUUUGUAUGGUCAUGGAGCUCUGAACAUUUUAAUAGGAAAUUUUUCUUAAAGAAGCAGUCAUUUUAAUGUCAUUUCUGUUUUUACAACUUGUUCAAGAAUGAUGGGAAGGCAAACAGAUGUAAAGAUCAAUUCUGUGGCUUUUAAAAAGUUGACCACCAGGUUGUCAGACGUAAACCAGUCUGGCUAGUGGGAAACCGGGAACUUGAUAUGCGUGGCUUCCUUUCCCCCCUUCCCGUCCCCUUCCCGUCCCCUUCCCUCCCCCAAGUCUUUCGAUUAUAAAAUGCUACCAGUCUGGUUAUAAGAUUUCCGUGGAGUGGUCUGCACUCCUUGGGCUCUUGAGUUGGUGGGAUAUUUUAUUUAAGUUGAAAAGGGAACACACGUUCCUUGGGCAGCAGGGCAUUGCUUGCUCGUGGAGAUGAAGCUUCAUGGUGUACAAAGGCGGGUGGGGGUUCUCCACUUCUCCCGAAAACUCCACUCCAGAUUCAGCCACUGGGGUUGCUUUUGCUCAAGCCAUCAAGCCUUUUACAGCCUUAUCGUAGGUAUCUUAGAUUAUUGUAUGCUCUUUUUUUUUUUUUUUUUUUUUUUUUUUUUUUUUUAGUAAAUGCUUAAGUAUUAACUUUGUGCUGUCCCCUCCCUAGGUCUUUGAGGGGUUUCAAGUCUCUUUGUUUCUAUAUUCUUAAUCACGUUUUCCACUCCCACUUGGGCAUUUUGGACGCUGGUCAGCUUGUGAGUUUUCUGGGGUGUCAGGACACCUAGAUGACCUUUUUAGGUGCAAUACUAGCUAAGUGAAAGCUAGAAACCUACAGUCACUUUACUGAGAUUUCCGAGUAUACUUUUCAUAUUGCCUUAAUGUAGCAGUAAUGUGUUUAUGCAUUUGUUUCUUUGCACAGACAUUUUGUCAGAUAUUAAAACUCUACUUUUUUACGGCACAUAUUAGCAUAUAAGCCUUUAUUCCAAGAGGUAUUUAUUUUUUCACUUGUAAAAAAAAAAUAAUGUUUCCACAUAAAGAACUCUGUUAUAUCCUAAAGGACUUCUGUCUUUUGUAUUCAAGAUAAUAAAGACUUUAAAGCAAA